AUGGCGCCUCCAAUACCAACUAAAGAUACCACAAACACAUUAAAACGCUCAUUUUAUCAAAUAGAAAAACCCAUUGAAGCACAUAAACGAAAAAGAUCAAUUCACAAUCAACAGCCACGUUGGCAUAAUCAAGCUUACAUGUUGUUUUUGGCACUUCGGCAACAUCCAGAAAGAACAAUGGCUCGAACUGAUCUGAUAAAAUCAGCUAUUUCUUGGGAUGCUAAAAUAAGUGAAGAACGUUCAUUACCUAAAGUUUUUGGAGGAAAGACACCAAAGAAUUCUGCUUCGGCUAUACUAACAAAUAAUGUGGAUCGUUAUUUCAUUCCAUUUAAACCCGAUGGAAGUCGAUCCAUGCAUUUUAAGUUGUCAUUUGAACCUGGUUCCUUUGAAAACGCAUUUCAAGAUUAUAAAGAUUGGCAAGAUAACUUGGUGAAAAUUGACUGGCCCUAUUAUUUUAGUUUACGACAACAAGAAAAUAAAAAAAUAAGAAUGAAUAGGAUGUCUAUUGAGAAUCUAGUUGAGGAUUUAGAAGUGACUGAAUAUCCAACUGAGUUUGAUGAAUUUAUUGCCAAACGUAAAAGAGCAAGACAAGAAGAAGAACGAAUACAGCAAGAGAUCAUGAUAGAAGAAAUACCCCGAACGUGGAAAGACUUGAUAGUGUCAAGUAAAGUCGAUAACCAGUUUAGUUUGAGUGCUAAACGAUUUUUACCCAAAAAUAUACCUCUUGGAUUUUAUUUUGGUGUUCCAAUGACUGAAGAUGAAUUUGAUUCGCUAAAGGGGGAUGCUAAUGCCAUGUUAUACCGUAAAACAGUCCUUGAUCCAACUGAUGAUCAUGGAAAAUUAUACUUUUACCCUAAUGGAGAUCCUUUAUGUCCAUUUCAUUGUAUAAGAGAAUGUUUAAGACGUGAUGAAGCAAAUGUUAUAUUUUAUGAAGGUCAUGUUGUGAAUCAAGUUAUUUGUUGGACUAAAAGAGAUAUUUUCCCAGGUGAAGAAUUAUUAGUUUAUCUUCCUCGUCAAAUGAAUCAACUUAAACAUACAACAAAUACGUCUAACAAGGCGAUUAUUAAUUAUUCUCGUACUAAUUCAUUAUCUUCUUCUAAUGAUGAUAUGAGUUGGCAGGAAGACGAAAAUGUAUCAACUAUAAUAACUAAUAGUAUUUCACCAAUUACAUAA